AUGUUCUUAGUUAUAAUCAUUCCAUUCUUUUUACUCAAUUAUACUGUGCAAUCGAAAGUAGUCAUUAAAGAAAAACGACCAAUAAUAAUUGCUCAUCGUGGAGCACCCGCACACCUACCAGAGUUAACAAUUCCUUCAGAAGCGUUAAGUUAUGGCUUCGAUGCUGACAUUAUUGAAAUUGAUAUUUGUCUAAGUAAAGAUGAUCAACUGAUUGUCAUUCAUGAUCUUUAUUUGGAUUCUGUAACGAACGUAAGAAAUUUAUUUCCAUCAAAUCGUAAUCGAUCGAAUGGACUUCAUUAUGUAAUUGAUUUUACUCUAAGUGAAUUACGUACAUUGAGUAUUCAUGAACGAUUUAAUUAUGAUACAGGAAAACAAAUAUAUCCGAAAAGAUUUCCUUCCGCUGUAUGGCCAUCAUCGUUUAAGCUAUCAACAUUGAACGAAACGCUAGAACUUUUACUUGGUUUAAAUUAUGCAACAAAUAAAGUUAAAGACUUGUUAAUUGAAAUAAAAAAGCCGGAAUUUCAUGAAGAAAAUGGUAAAUUGAUAUCAAAAAUUCUUCUUGAAUUAUUAAAUUCUUACAACAUAACGAAACAAACUGAUCCAGUAAUCAUUCAAACAUUUCACAUUCCCGAGUUAUAUCGUAUAAGAAAUGAUUAUCAAUCGAAUCUACGUUUAUUUGCAUUAUUUACAUGGAAUUUUAUUAAUGAAUCGUCAACAGACUAUGAUAUUUAUCGAUCGGAAGCUGGAAUUAAAAAUUUAUCAACAAUUGUUCAAGCUAUCACACCAAUUUAUGAAUUCUUAGUUGAAUUUAACGAAAAUGGUUUAUUUGAAAGUAAAACAAAUUUAACUGAUUUAGCACAUAAAUAUAAUCUAGCCGUAUAUCCGUUUACAUUUCGAGAGGAUAAUUUAGGAAAAUACAAGGGUACAUUUAUAGAAUUUGUUAAUUAUUUUUGGAAUAUAAUUCAAAUUGAUGGUUUUAUCACUGAUCAUUCUAAUUUAUUGAUAGAACAUGUUCGAAAACUCUCAACCAAUUCCGAUCCUAACCCAUCAACCGCUCAAUAUGGUCUACGUAAGCCGAGAAUUGUUGAAGAAACAGUUUAUUUAAAACCGACAACUGUCGAACGACCAGUGCAAACGGUAAGCCGCCCUAUUGUAAAAGAAACUAUCUAUUUACCAGAACGACAACAACCAACAACAACAACAACAACAUCGGUAGGUCUUCUUUGCUGCAUCAAACUUUAG